UGAAAAGUAAAUGAUUUAUAUAGUUUUAAAAAAUGAUUAAGAAGUUCUGACAAAACCUAUUUGGGAGUGGUUGCUGUUCUGGAGGACACCGAAGGUGUGGCAAUUGCCAAAUUAGAACAUCUCCAUUUUCUUGCUUGUGCACUACUGACUUGGCUCUGGUCGUGAUUGCUUUGUAUGAGAUUGCUAGAAAACCUCCAAUAUAUUCAGAGACAGCCUAAGUGACUGUGGAAUGCCUCAAGGGCAAUAGAAAUCAAAUAGAAACAGGUACCGACUCAAGUCUUGAGUGAUGACAGAGGUAAUUUUCAAGUACCAUGGAAAUCUCACUGGGCGGGCCCAUUUCCCCACCCUGGCAACAGAGGUUGACACCACUUCAGAUAAGUAUUCCAACCUAUACAUGUAUGUGGGCUUAUUCCUAAGCCUCCUGGCCAUUCUCCUCUUCCUGCUCUUCACAAUGCUCCUUCGGCUUAAACAUGUCAUCUCACCCAUCACCUCGGAGAGCACAGAAAGUGUUCUUCAAUUCACAGAUGUAGAGAUGCAGAGUCGAAUCCCCACUCCUUAAAGCCAGGAUGAAGACAGCUGUAGGGGAGCUCAGUAAACCUUGUAUGUUGAUGUCCAGGAAAGCUUACUUUGUUGCACUGCAUGUAGGAAGUCAAGUCGUUCCUUUAACAAAAUGUUGUUCAUGUUUUCUUUGUGUUAUUCUUUAUCUUGACUUUGCUUGUGGGAUAUCUAACAGGUUUAAGACUCAUUCUUUGCCAGGAAUAUAGGAGAUGACAGCUGGUUGGGAGGGCAGGUUUCUAUAGUAACCAAAGAGUGCUUGGGCCUUGAGCAAACCUGAGACCACAGAAAUUCAUAUGCAGCUGUUGUAAAGAAACACAGGAUCCUUGGAAGCUCCAAAAACAAGAAAAAUUUGCCUUUGAAAGGGCUGAUUUGUUCAAAGAGGUUACCCCAAGAAAAGGAUAAGUUCUAAUUUAGUACUUGGACCCUAAAGAAUCACAUCUGCUGAUAUGAAGCUAAAUCAUGUCAGAGAUUGAUGGACGGGACCAUGAACCUUUCCCAAAGGGGAAGUGAUUUUAUCAUCUAAGGCCAUUGAGUUUGUCUCAAAUGAAAGAAAAGUUUUCAAGAAACUGUUUCAGUUUAAAGAGUAAGUUUGCAGACAGAUGUUUCCAGUCAACAAAUUCAUCUAGAGCGGUAAAAUAUGCAUUUCACAUCUGAGUUAUUACUAUUACUGGACUUUUAAAAACUCAGAUAAUGACAGAUGUAUUAUGAAAAUUUGGGAUGAUGAGCUCUCCGAAAAACCAAGGGAAAAUUAAGUCAAAAUGUGCUCAUGACAAUCAACCUUUGCCUUUUUCUCCCUACCUAUCAUGCUUCAGGAUUGAGUUGCACACAAAUAUGAGCUGUAUUUAAAGGUGGCCUUAGUAAAGAAGACUCAACUGUAGUUUAAAGCAGAAAUGAAAUCAUAUUGGUAUUCUGUUGUUGAAUGAGUGUGGCUUUGGAUGAAACAUUCAAGCCUCUCGGUGCCAGGAUUUCUUUCAGAGAGAUAUUUAGUCAUCACUGAAC